AUGGACAAAAUAGUUGUUCUAUUAUGCGCUCCCUCCGGAAAAGCAGCCUUCCUAAUCAAUGGUAUGACGCUUCAUUCCGCAUUUGUUUUGCCCACUAAGCAAUUUGGCGUUAACUUAGUCCAGCUUUCUAGCGACUUAGUCAACACAGUUCGAGAGAAAUUAUCGAAAGUUCAGCUCGUGAUUAUCGAUGAAAGUUCUAUGGUAGGCAGUGCCACGUUGAGCCGAAUUGACACACGUCUCCGGCAAAUCAAAGGCGUGAAUGAACCAUUUGGAGGCGUUUCAAUAUUGGCGGUGAGAAACUUGAACCAGUUGCCGCCUGUGAAAGAUAGGCCGGUGUAUCAAGUUUCUCGUCACAACGAGAUGGAAGCAUUUUUUGACGUCAAUCCACUCUGGAAUGAAUUCCACUUCUAUGAACUAACUGAAGUGAUGAGGCAAAGAGAUGAUUUGUUGUUUAUUAAUGCUCUAAAUAAUCUCGCUAAUGACGCAUUGACCAAUGAAGAUCUGGCAUUGAUAAAGGAACGAGGGGUGAAACCGGAUGAUGUUCCUGAAUAUGCUAUCAGAUUGUACGGAACGAACAAAAAUGUAAGCAUGUACAAUGAGAUGAAAAUUGAAAGUAACACCAAUGUAUUAAUUGUGUCAGAAGCUGAAAAUUCAUUUUCUAACAAUUCAGCCGAACAUCUAAAGCAAUCUAUGAAUAAACUGUUGCGAACUAGAGCUGGUGAUGAUUUCAGACUGGAAAAUAAAUUAAAUUUCAAGAUCAGCAUAAAAUACAUGAUUAAUUACAACAUAGAUAUCGAGGAUGGACUUGUCAAUGGAGCGUGCGGGAUUUUGAGACUGGUGACUUUCAAUGGACAAACUAAUAAACCCGAAAUCGUUUGGCUCGACUUUCAGAUCAUUACGAAUACAUGA